GUGGUCAUUUGGUGGAUUUUAACUAUUGUAUUUAUUCAUCAAUAUCGGGAGUACUAAAAGCAAACGAGUAACAAACAUCUAAAUGCAGAAAACAUUUGAUAAUACUUACAGGAGAGAAAUGUUUGAACCUAACAAUAAUAUUCUAGUAGAAAACAAAGAAAAUAUAAAAAUGCCUGAAGAAGAGAAAAGCUUCAAAUGUGAUACUUGUGAUUUUGCAUCUCAAUCAAGGAAUAAACUGAAGAUUCACAUGAGAAAACAUACAGGGGAGAAACCUUUUAAAUGUAAUCUUUGUGAUUAUGUAGGCAAUCAGAGAAUUUAUCUAAAGCAACACAUGAGAAUACAUACAGGGGAGAAACCCUUUAAAUGCAAUUUUUGCAAUUAUGCAGCAAGACAAAGAAGUACUUUGAAGUGUCACAUGAUGAUACAUACAGGAGAAAAGUGCUUUAAAUGCAAUGUUUGUGAUAAUGCAUAUUACCUUAAAGGUAAUCUUAAGAAACACAUGAGAAAACAUACAGGAGAAAAGAAAUUUAAAUGUGACCUUUGUGAUUAUAGAUAUAAUACAAAGUGUAAUCUGAAGAUACACAUACAGAGAAAACAUACAGGAGAGAAACCCUUCAAGUGCAAGAUAUGUGAUUAUGCAUGUGUUGAAAGUACUCACCUGAAGGGCCAUAUGAGAAUACAUACAGGAGAAUAUCUAUAUAAAUGUAAAAAGUGUGAUUAUAGAUGUAACCAAUCCACUAAUCUGAAGAGACACAUGCUAAAACACACAGGAUUGCGAAGCUUUAAAUGUGAUGUUUGUGGUCAUGCAUUUUACACAAUUUAUGAGCUAAAAUUACAUGUGGGAAUACAUACAGGUGAUAAAUGCUAUAACUGUGAUAUUUGUGGUUCUGCAUUUAGGUCAAAAAGUACUCUAACGGCACACAUUGAAACACAUGUAGGGGAGAAACACUUCAGCUGCGAUUUUUGUAACUAUGUUUCAAAUACUAAGGGUCAUCUAAAGGAACAUAUGGCAGUGCAUACUGAAGAGAAGAGCUUUAAAUGUAAUAUUUGUGAUUUUUCUUGUAACUCGAGAGCCUAUCUGAAGACACAUAUCAAUAUACAUACAGGAGAGGCAAAGAUCUUUAAAUGUGAAAUUUGUGAUUAUGCAUGUCACCAUCGUAGUAAUCUAAAUAGACAUAUGGCAAUACAUACAGGAGAGAAACGCUUUAAAUGUAAUUUUUGUGAUUAUGCAUGUAACCUGCGCAGUCAGUUAAACAGGCAUGUUGCAAAGCAUUCAGGAGAAAAACGCUUCAAAUGUGAUGUUUGUGACCAUGCAUAUCAUGAUGGCAGUCAUCUGAAAGAGCAUAUGGCAGUUCAUACAGGAGAGAAACGCUUUAAAUGUAAUGUUUGUGAUUAUGCAUGUUAUCGAAGAAACGUUCUGAAAAAUCAUAUGAAGAUACAUACAGGAGAGAAAAGCCGUAAAUGUAAUAUGUGUGAUUAUGCGUGUAAUAAUAGCAGUGGUCUGAAGAGGCAUAUGGCAAUACAUACAGGAGAGAAACGCUUUAAAUGUGGUUUUUGUGAUUAUGCUUGUAAUGAAAAAAGAUCUUUGAUCAGGCAUAUGAAACUACAUACUGAAGAAUAUAAAUGAGAUGUUUGCGCUUAUGCGUGUACUCUUAGAUUUUACCUACCUCAAAAUGCAUAUGCCAAACAGAAAGGGGACACAGUCUUUAGAUGUGAAGUGUUUGACCGUGCACUUACAUUUAGUUCAUAUUAGCUUGAACGACUAUAUGAAUUAAGACUCUCUGACUAAUAUGAUAGUACAUACAUGAGAGAAAUAUUUCAUAUGUGUCACGUGUUAAUGAUGUGUGUAAUUAAAACAGUUAUGUGAAGACUCAGGAGAAACAGUUUUGAACAUGAUUUAUAAUUAUGCAUGUAAUAUAUUCAAAUAUAUCUCUUCUAUGCUUCCAUCAAGGCAGAUUUCAUGGAUGUAACAUUUCAUGGGUCAUAUAUAACAAACGAAACCUUGGAUAUAAAGAACAACUUUUCAUUUUUCUGAUAUUUAUUAAAUUGCACAGAUACAACAAAGCAGAUUUAUUUUGUUUAGUAAAUUUUGUAUAUAGCAUAUAAAAGUCAUCGAAAUUAUAUUGUUGGAACUCACAAAGAUUGUCUCAAGACAUUUUAACAUAAACAUUUCAGAGAAAAGUUCCAGUUAUUAGUGUUCACGUUUUUAAAAUAUAGCAAUUGCAGCAGGCAGAUCACAAGUUUAAGUAUAGGAUUGGUAAAUCCGUGAAUCGUGCUAGCGAUUCCUGUUUUAAUUGCCUAUCCUAUUCUGUUGUUCACUUCACAUGAACGACAAAAAUGUUUCCUUCCUUAUAUUUACAUUAUAUUUCCUUUCCAUUUGUUAAACAUGUUAAAAAGAUUGAAUUGAAGUUGCGCACACUUUGUUACAUUUAACUAUAGGUUAGAGAACACCAGUUGUUUUCACAUAGCCUUCCAUUAUAAUGUUACGGGGUUUACAGCCUUCUUUAGAUAGAAACAUGAAUAUCCAAUCACUUUUUUUCUAGAACUAUCUUAGUUCCACCA